UAUCGCCUCUUCUUUCUCUACGUAGAGCCGGUCUCAGCACUAUUAGGUGCAUUCUAUGCUGCCCGUCCAACGGAAUACCUUUCGCUUCUCACGUUAUCGUCCACUCCCACAACCUCUCCUCUACCGCCAACUACUGAGGUUGUAAUGUCACUUUACCAGCUAUCAAACCUGUAUCUCCUCUUCGCACUCAACGAACAUCUCGUCCUCUCGUCAGCAACCUCCUUGCGUACAUGGCGCCGUUUGCUAUUCUGUCUUUUGGUUGCGGACUUCGGACAUUUGGUUACUAUGGCACCGCUCGGACUCGAUACGUAUUGGAAAGCUUGGCAAUGGAAUGCGAUGAUGUGGGGUAGUGUUGGGUUCGUGUAUGUUGGUGCAUCAAUGCGUCUUUCUUUCCUCUUUGGCCUUGGGAUG